AUGCCCCUGCUGCGCCUGAUGUCAAGGCUGGGGGACCGCCGCCUGUCAGACCUGCACGAGGCCGUCGAUGUGAUGCGGGGCGCCAUGCUGGACGUCAUCCAGGAGCGCCGCGUGGCCCUGGGCGAGGGGCGCCCCGUGCCUCAGGACCUGCUGGGGGUGCUGCUGACGGCCGCCGACGACGAGGGGCGCGGCAUGACUGAUGAGGAGCUGUGGGAGGACGUGCAUGACGUCAUGGGGGCGGGCCACGAGACGACCGCCACCACCACGGCCGCGGCGCUGUACUGCAUCUCGGCGCACCCCCACGUUGAGGCGGCGCUGCUGGCUGAGCUGGACGCGGUGCUGGGGGGUCGCGCCCCUGGCUAUGCUGAUCUGGAGCGCCUGCCCUACCUGACGGCCUGCAUCAAGGAGGCGCUGCGGCUGUACCCCGCCAUCCCAGUGUUCCCCCGGGAGGCAGCCGUGGAUGACGCGCUGCCCACAGGCCACCCCGUCAGCAAGGGUGACGUGGUCUUCAUGUCGUCCUACGCCCUGGGCCGCUCCCCCGCCCUCUGGGACGACCCCCUCACCUACAACCCCGCCCGAUUCUCGCCCGAGGCCGAGGCCGCGCGCCACCGCUUCCAGUUCCUGCCCUUCGGGGCCGGGGCCCGCAUGUGCCUGGGCGCAGGGUUUGCCCAGAUGUCUGUGUCCCUGAUGGUGGCCACCCUCCUGCAGCGCCUCCGGUUCGAGCCGGUCAGGCCGACCAACGAGCUCAUCCCUGUAGGCUAUGACAUCACGAUGAACUUUGCACCCACCAACGGCCUGCACAUGCGUGUCACCGAGCGGGUGCCGGCCGCGCAGGGGCAGGAGCGGUCUGCCGUGCAGGCCGUGGCCGCUGAGGUGUGA